GCGAACCACGAUUGAUCCCGAGAAAUUUCGCGUCGAAGUUAAGGUUUCGGGGCAGGUUCUCGCUUCACGUUCGGGAUCCGCACAGGGGAUUGUUAUGUCAGGUGGAUGUUGAAGCUCUGCUGAACUGCCGGAUGCCUUAGGGGGUACGGUGGGCACGAACCUGUGGUGAAACCGCGGGAAGGAAGCUUCAGGACGAGCUGGGAGCCGGAUCGGCCGCUGGCGGGUGGAGAACCGAAGCAGGCUCUAGGCCGUCACCUUGUCGGGCAGGAUGGUGGCACCGCGAGCGUGCUUGACUAAAGUGUUGUCCUAUUUCCCCUUCCUGUUGGUCCUUCUUGAUCUCCAGUGCGAAGGAAUAGAAGGUGGUAUAAAUGCUGAAGUUGAAAAACACCUUGAAAUGGGGAAGAAACUUUUAGCUGCAGGGCAGUUAGCAGAUGCAUUGUCACACUUUCAUGCUGCUGUAGAUGGAGAUCCUGAUAACUAUAUUGCUUAUUAUAGACGUGCUACAGUCUAUCUCGCUAUGGGCAAAUCAAAAUCUGCUCUCCCAGACCUAAGUAAAGUCAUUCAGCUGAAACCAGAUUUCACAUCUGCGAGAUUACAGAGAGGAAACUUGCUACUAAAACAAGGGAAGUUGGAUGAAGCUGAGGAAGACUUUAAGAAAGUGGUACAGUCUAACCCCAGUGAGAAAGAGGAAAAUGAAGCCAAGGCCCAGUUAACAAAAGCAGAUGAAUUACAAAGGCUAAUUGUGGAAGCGCGAGCUGCUUUUGAAAACCAGGAUUACACAACUGCUAUUGAUUUAUUAAAUAUUAUUCUGGAGACUUGUGUUUGGGAUUCCGACUUAAGGGAACUCCGGGCAGAGUGCUACAUACAGAUCAAUGAAAGUGGAAAAGCAAUAAGUGAUUUGAAAGCUUCAUCAAAACUUAAAAAUGACAACACUGAAGCAUUUUAUAAAAUUAGUACUAUCUAUUAUCAGCUUGGAGAUCAUGAAAUGUCCCUUGGUGAAAUUCGGGAAUGCCUCAAGUUGGACCCAGAUCACAAACACUGUUUUGCCCAUUAUAAGCAAGUGAAAAAGCUUAAUAAGCAGUUGACAACAGGAGAAGAUCUUAUAAGACAAGAAAAAUACUCUGACGCUAUUAAUAAAUAUGAGUCUGCCAUGAAAACAGAGCCAAAUGUUUUUCAAUUCACUUUGUAUGCAAAGGAGCGUAUUUGUCAUUGUUUAUCAAAGAACCAGCAAGCAAAAGAAGCCAUCAGAACUUGUACGCAAGUAUUGGAACAAGAUGCAAGCAAUGUCAAUGCAUUGAAAGACAGGGCAGAAGCUUAUAUUUUAGAGGAACAGUAUGAAGAAGCAAUCAAAGAUUAUGAAAUUGCUAGAGACCACAGUGAGCAUGAUCAAGCAGUAAAAGAAGGACUAGAAAAAGCACAGAAACUUCUAAAGCAGUCACAAAAGAAAGACUACUAUAAAAUACUAGGAGUAAAAAGAAAUGCAAAAAAACGGGAGAUAAUAAAAGCAUACAGGAAGCUAGCAAUGCAGUGGCAUCCUGAUAACUUCCAGGAAGAAAAUGAGAAAAAACAAGCUGAAAAAAAAUUUAUAGACAUAGCAGCUGCUAAAGAAGUACUCACAGAUCCAGAGAUGAGGAAGAAGUUUGAUUCGGGGGAGGAUCCUCUGGAUCCAGAAAAUCAACAGGGUGGAGGUGGUCAUCACUUUCAUAGAUCAUGGAAUCAAUGGCAAGGAUUCAAUCCUUUUGGCUCGGGAGGACCUUUUAAUUUCAAAUUUCAUUUUAACUAAGUCUUGAUUAUUGGCUGCUCACUUCUAGAAAAAAAGACUUAAGAAAGAAGAAUGUUGAACAUGAUGCCAGAAACUCUUCAAGUUCAAACAGUGUAAUCUUUUUGUUCAGCCAAAAGUGUCCAGCAUAUAGUAUUUUACAGAUACUUGCACUCUUUAAAAGUUUUGCAAAUAUUUUCCUGAAAAAUAAUGAAAAGCGAAGUACACAUUUAACAAAGUGAAUUGCCUUAUAAAUCUGAUCUAAUUGAAAACAAUUUAUUCUCUGAGUUUUUUUUUGUGUAUAGGUGGUGUGAACAUUUUUGGUUUCUUAUGCAUCAUAACAAAUUGGACUGAGGACUAUUUUUGAUUGAAUGAAGGUGGAUAUUGACUUACGUUGUUACCUGUUUGACCUCAAUACUUUGCAUACUGAGGAAAUUCUUGAAAAUCACAAAUAAAACUUGCACUUUUUAAAUCAGAAUAGUAUGCAUCCUAUUUAAAGAUCUAAAACUCUUACUUUGUACAUACAUUUGUUUCAUUCAUUAUUUGACCUAAUGGAUCCACUGAAAUGUGGAUAUUGUAAUGUUCUUACUCUUAGCCAAAAAAAGGAUCAUUCACCAUGUAGUCAACCUUGUUUGGUAGGAGCUUCAUAACAAUUUUGGUAGAUAUCUGGGGAUUUAAAACUGAAAUAUACUUGCUACAGAUAAUGUCUUCAUGUAUAGAUUUCUCAAAAUAGAGCAAAGAUUUUCAAAAUUGAACUUGUCUACAAUUUAUUGCAAAGUUUGUAAAGCUAGAAUGGUUGGCAAAUUAUUUGCAUGCCUUAAUUCUGACUUUGCUUCUUUACACAAAUUCUCAAUUCCAUACUAUACAUCAGGGGUUUGCAACCUGGGGUAUGGACCCCUUAAUGAUAUUGCUCAGUGGCAUUAAGGUUGGGUCCCCCUGCUGUUAGUUGAUGGAAUUAUGAUUUCUCUUUAAACUAGUCUCCUUCAGUUUCAACAUUUGGAGAAGUGCAGCACUUCAUUUUCAUGAUCUAAUAUGUUAUUUCAAAAUUUCUGGCAGUUAAUACGAACAUAAUCUUUCUGAAGGGUGAUUUGUAGGUUUCUGUCCAUGUUUACUUCAGCAAUCUGGAUUUCGUGUUACAUUUUGUGUCCUUUGAUCACCAGAGUGUUGAAUUUGGAAAAUUGUUGUAAUGCGUUCUUUAUAUUGAGGAUAUAUUUGAUGCUAGAUUCUGAGUCAGAUCUGCAAAGAAAACAUCUUGUGUACGUUAUUUGGGACAGAAAGUCUGUGCUAUCAGAAUCUUGUAGGCAUUUUAUCUGGAAAGUGCCUCCUAAGUAACCUUGGAACAUCAAACAUGUAACAUCUUCGAUUCCAGUACCUGAAAAAAAAUUCCAUACAUUCUUCUUAUACUGCACAAAGCAAUUUUGGGAUUUUCUUGUUUCUACCCAUUUCAAAACACAGCUUUUAAGGCUUCUUUUAACACCUUUCCAUUAGAUAUGAAAUUAGUUUAAAAUGUAUUCAAAGUCACGUAAAGAAAUUGUUGCAAUGAAAAUGCAGAAUUAGCUCAGCAGGUGUUGGGAUGAUUUCCAUCCCUCUUCCCCCCCCCCCAGAUUUUGAGUUCUUUGGAUGCUAUCAGAACUGAACGUUCUGGAUGGAUUGUCAAAUCUUUCAGUUUGUGUUCGUAGUGAAUGAGUUUACUCAUUGCCAAUGCAUAAAGUGGUUAUUAUGUAACAUAACUCAUUGAAAAGUUUGAUUAAAGAUUAAUGUAUAUUUUUAUUCCUC